AUGGAGAACUCAACUGAAGUUAUGUCUUUUGUGCUGGCUGCCUAUGGUAACAUUGGAGAGGUAAAAUACCUGUAUUUCAGCAUAAUGUUAUUAUGGUACAUCUCCAUAUGUGUGGCCAACACAGUUCUAAUUGUGGUCAUAUAUAUGGACAGGAGGUUGCAUGAGCCAAUGUAUAUGCUAUUAUGUAAUUUAUUUGUGAAUGAAAUAGGUGGCAGCACAUCGAUGUAUCCUCUUCUGCUCUCACAGAUGUUUUCAGAUACCCAUGAAGUGACCCUACCAUGGUGUUUUCUGCAGAUGGGUUGUAUCUACACAUCUGCUUCUGUUGAGUUUUGCAGUUUAGCAGCCAUGGCCUAUGAUAGAUACGUCUCUAUCUGCUAUCCUUUACGUUACAAUGUCAUUAUGAACACAGGGAGAGUAGGUAUGAUCAUUCUUCUUGUAUGGAUGUAUUCAUUUAUUAACUUUAUAUUCUCAUUUUCAGUCGUCAUCCGUUUGACAUUUUGUGGAAAUGUCAUUGACAAAGUGUUUUGUGACCACCACUUAAUAAUUAAACUUGCCUGUUCAGUUUCAAUACUUAACAACAUAUCUGACCUGCUUUUUGCCUUUGUGACUAUUGUUAUUCCAUUUAGUCUCAUUUCAGUCUCAUACAUUAAAAUUUUGACUGUUUGUCUGAAUACCUCAAAAGAAAAUACGCAAAAGGCCAUCACCACCUGCACACCUCAGAUUGUCUCAGUGUCAAACUUGUUUAUCGGCUGCAUGUUUCACUAUGUGGAUUCCAGGCUUGAUGUGGCCCUGGUACCAGAUAAAGUGCGCAUUAUCUUAUCUGUAUAUCUCCUCAUUUGCCAACCAAUGAUCACGCCUUUUAUGUACGGAUUUUACCUACUGAAAAUAAGACAAUCAUGUAAAAGAUUUCUGUUUAAUAGAAAAUAA